UUGAACACGCCCCUUCCGAAUGACAAGGAAACAUAACCGUUAAAGAUGAAUCUCAUUUUUUUACCGUUAUAUCUGUGCGGGUGCUCAUCAUUUUGCAUAGAUAUUUUCCAUUGGUAAGCCAUUCUACUAUGAUAAGUGUGAAAUGAGCCACGGCGUAAACCGUUUGGGAGCCAGCCAAAAUUUACAACUGAAAGCAGAAACCCAGCCCUCCUUCGAUUACACACAGAGAGAGGGAGCACGCUAAUAGUGACAGCGGCACAUAUACAACUGCUCUCUGUGAUCGACCGUACGCUGCUUGAUCAGAUUUCGGUCGUGCACCUCAAAGGAUAUACCUCGGCCUGCUUUUGGCAUGUUCGUUUUAACCGGACUUGUUGCCAGUGGCUCAACAACGUUGUGUUCAAUCAGGCAAUGCCUUCCUUUUCCUUUCGCGUUUUGCGGAGCAAACUACAAGAGCCCCACGCAUAUGCCAGCGAUCCGUCGUUUUAUUUGUGUAUAACGUUACGUGUGUUGAUGGUUAAAAAUGCAUAGGUUUUGAUUGACAGGAUUUUACAAGGACGAACAAACGCGUUCUCGGCUGGAAGAAGCAAACAGGAGCUGUAUCUAUUCUUUGGAUUUCACGGCAAUAUCACGGUGUUUUUUGAUGGAGCUGGAGAAUAUUGUUGCAAACACGGUACUACUGAAGGCAAGAGAGGGUGGAGGAGGUAAGCGGAAAGGAAGAAGUAAGAAAUGGAGAGAGAUUCUUCGUUUCCCUCAUAUCAGUCAGUGCACAGAGUUGAACAAAGCCAUCGAACGAGACUACGUGUGCCUGUGUGAGAGGCAGCCCAUCGGGAGACUUCUGUUCCGCCUCUACUGUGAGACCCAACCAGAGCUUCAGCGAUGCAUACAACUUCUGGAUGCCAUGGAUGAUUACGAGGUAUCUCCAGAUGAGAAGAGAAAGAGUCGAGGAGAUGAGAUCAUCAAGAAAUUUCUCAACAAGCAGUCCUCUGAGUGUGUGGAUGUUGCUGAAAGUCUUGCUGAAAGAUGCAAAGAAAAUCUAGAACUGAGCCCCUGCAAGGAAAUCUUUAGUGACUGUCGCAAAGCUCUCCAUGACUAUUUAAGUGGUGCUCCUUUUACUGACUAUCAAAACAGCAUGUACUUUGAUCGCUUCCUCCAAUGGAAAAUGUUAGAAAGACAGCCCAUCACAAAAGACACAUUUCGGCAGUACAGAGUUUUGGGAAAAGGAGGCUUUGGAGAGGUGUGUGCUUGCCAGGUGAGAGCAACAGGUAAAAUGUAUGCUUGUAAAAAGCUGGAGAAAAAAAGGAUAAAGAAGAGGAAGGGGGAAGCCAUGGCUCUGAAUGAAAAACAGAUUCUGGAGAAGGUCAACAGCAGGUUUGUGGUUAGUUUAGCAUACGCAUAUGAGACCAAAGAUGCUCUGUGUCUGGUGCUGACCAUAAUGAAUGGUGGCGAUCUGAAGUUUCAUAUCUAUAACAUGGGCACCCCAGGCUUCGAGAAGGAGCGUGUGCAGUUGUAUGCUGCCGAGAUCUGCUGUGGUCUAGAAGAUCUGCACAGAGAGUCUAUCAUCUACAGGGAUUUAAAGCCAGAGAAUAUACUUUUAGAUGAUAAUGGUCAUAUCCGAAUCUCAGACCUGGGUCUGGCCAUUAAAGUACCCGAUGGAGAGCAAAUUCGUGGCCGAGUGGGGACUGUGGGCUACAUGGCUCCAGAGGUGAUCAAUAACGAGCGGUAUAGCAUGAGCCCUGACUGGUGGGGGUUGGGUUGCCUGAUCUAUGAGAUGACUGCUGGUCGAUCGCCUUUCCGAGCUCGCAAAGAGCGAGUAAAGAGAGAAGACGUGGAGAAGAGGGUGCAGGAGGAGGAAGAAGAGUACAGUGACAAGUUUUCAGAAGACACCAAAGCCAUCUGCAGGAUGCUGUUAUCCAAAGAUCCCAAGCAGAGGCUCGGCUGUCAGACGGACAGAGCUUCUGGAGUCAAAGCCCAUCCUUUCUUCAAGAACAUCAACUUCAAGAGACUAGAGGCUGGCAUUUUGGAACCUUCAUUUGUGCCUGACCCCAGGGCCGUCUACUGUAAAGAUGUUUUGGACAUUGAGCAGUUCUCCACCGUUAAGGGUGUCAACCUGGACCAAACAGACAAUGAUUUUUACUCGAAGUUUGCCACUGGCAGUGUCUCCAUCCCAUGGCAAAAUGAGAUGAUUGAAACAGAGUGCUUUAAUGACCUUAAUGUAUUCGGGCCACAAGGGACACGGCCUCCUGACCUGGAUUGGAACCAGCCUCCUGAGCCUCCUCGGCGUAGCCUGCUGGACAGGAUCUUUAGGAGACAUGUGAGGAUCUCCUCCACCUCCACCACAGAGGAACACCCCAGAGAACAGAGUAGUUAACUACAGACCAGCGUCCAGAGGUGACCAUCACUCAAAGUCGGGUCUUGUCUUCCAGCGUCAACUCUGUUGACUCCGUGACAAACUCUGCCCCCUAGUGGAAAGAUUGCUGUGGGACUACAGUGAUCAAAAAUGCCUGAGUGAUAUUGUAAGGAGUGAAUCCGUAUGAGGAACUCGCCUGCUCUUAAAGACCAGUCAAAAGAGAGUGGAAGCACCUGUUUUCCUUGCUGGGCCCACACUAUCCAUCCACGGCACUCCAGGAGAACAGGAGCAAAUCAACUCCCAUUUAAAGCUCGUUAUCUAUCCGUUUAAUGACAGCAAGGUUUAUUCCUUCACCUUCACCUUCAGGAGCGCUGGAACAGUGAAGAGCCACUGACAAUGACAGAAUUUUAACUUGUAUUAUUCAGGGGAUUUUAUUGACAAAGAGAGGCCUCAACAGGGAAUGGGAUGGGGUCUCUUUAAAUUUUUUUUUACUAAGGAAUUAUAAAAUAUAAGACUACACACACACACACACACACACACUCAUUUACUCCACCAUUCUUUCAGUGAUGCCUGCCUGCUCAUUUUUUCUUGCAACACUUCCAACCUCAACCCAAAUUACCUAGCAUACUCUUAGGCCAAAGAAUUUAGGAGCUUCUAAAGGAAAGACGUGAGUAUUUGAAUAACUGUUGAGAUUUUUUUGAUUAAGAAAGUCCUAAAAGCACAAGGAAAUAGGAACUUGUCAUCUACAAAUUAUGUGAUAUCACUGAAAAAGUCCACUGAAGGCCUCCAUCCAAUUAUCUCAAAUCUCUUCUGCUCAGUGUGUUAUACAAUACAUGUUCAAAAGCUAGAAUUAUCUCAGUAUGGUUACUUCCUUUGUGCUUAAAGGGCCUUGGCAGUUCUGAAGGGUAGAGCCAUCAAAGGGUGUGGUGUAUUUAUUUGGGUGACUAGCCUUCUAUUAGCACAUAGCUAAAAUAUUUACAGCACAACGAGUUAGUCAGGGAGUCCUUCUUAUCGCUUGGUAUUAACAACAAGUAGCACUUUUAGCUUAUUUACUGAAAGUUAGCCAUUUAAAAUGAUUUCUUCAGCUUUCACUGGCAUUACGAUGCUGAUUAUGGGAUGUUGCUGGACUAUUCAACCUAAGCUACUUUUGCCGCUGUGAAAAUGACAUACAAAAUUGUAUCAUGGCAGCUCCAAGAGCAUGCUUUCUUCUAUAAUUCAACCACUAAACUAAAACUGACCCCACUUUACGCACACAUAUAUACAUACAGUACACCAGACACGUGCAAUUUCAUACCUCAGCAGCAGUUUUAUCUUAUGUUUUCAGUUUGUAAUCAGAUGCUUGUAGGAAGAUAUUUAAUUUAUCUCCCCCGACUUUAAGUGUACUGAAUUAAAUGUACUAAUUGGAACACACCGCCCUGAUAUAGGCUAUGUGACAUCUGUAGAGAAUAUUUGAUAGUUUUGUAAUGUUCAAAUGUUUCUUUAUGUAAUGGACAGUUUAUUAGUAUCCAAACAGAGUGACUCAAGAAGGAACAGAGUAUAUUGCUUUUACAAUGCCAUUCCAAGGUAUUUAUAUGCCUCAGUUCUUAAGAUAAGGUAUAAUCAAGUUUAUCAAAAUGGCUCGAAAGUAUGUGUGCUAAGUGCCAUGUUAAUUUCAGUCAUUAAUCUGAUGUGUGUUCUAUAAUGAUGCUAAAUAUUUUAUUAGUUGAUUCUAGCACUCUAAAUUGUAAGAUUUGAUCUAUGGAAACAUAAAGGGAAGGUUUUUUUUUCCAACAUACUCCUAAAAGGAUGGAAAUUUGAGUCGAAUUUGAGUCAAACGGAAAACUAUAAUUGUUAGUGUAAUUUAAAGGGGAAAAGGUUGUCAAUUAAAUACCCACUGGUUUCAACUUUACUUGUAUUUCUCCAUUGCACCACUGAAGAAAUUCAACAGCUAAAAUAAAAAAAGAAUGGUGAAACUUUACAAAAACAGCUUAUUGUUUGCUUAUUGUUUCACCUGUGCAACAGUGUAACGAAUAUGUAAUUACUGCAUAAAAGGGAACCAACCUUUAAAACUAUGACCAAACUUAAAGGGAAAUUAAGUAGUAUAUAUUUGAUGAGAAGAAUCAAUAAGAUUUUUUUGUAGAACUCAUGAAGUGAGUACAUACUUGAGAAAAAAACAAAACAAAACAAUGAAGUGCCUCCUUUUUUAGUAGUCUAGUCCAGGUUAGUGCCCAUGAUGUGGUUUGCACUUUGUCACUUCAGUCAUUCUCACAAUGUAAACUUGCACACGCACAACACAUUUUAAAGAAAGGUGUUCACUGAUUGCAUGUAAAGCCAAUCUUGACAAAGUCCUUCUGAAUAAAACCUGUGCUGGCCUGAA